AUGUCACAACGAAAAGCCGAUAGUGAUCGCAAGAAGCAGGUCGCCAUUCCCCGGCCCAGCUCUAGUGUAAUACUCGUUUCUCCAAAAAAUGAGAUCCUUCUUCUCCAUCGUGUUCAAACAUCUACAUCUUUCGCAUCGGCUCAUGUCUUCCCUGGUGGAAAUCUUUCCAGCCAGGAUGGACCAUGUCCGCCCCCUGACGACUUUGCCGUGCAUAAUGACGGACCCCAUUACCGGAAAGCGGCGAUCAGGGAGGUCUUUGAGGAAAGUGGAAUUCUCUUGGCAUCCGAUCGAAGCACGGGCAAAAUGCUCGUAGUUGAUGAGGCUGCCAGAGAGCAAGGUCGGCGGCUGAUCCACCAAAACAAGAUCACUUUUGAUAAGUGGCUGCAACAGCAAAACCCUACGGCUGAGCCAGAUAUAAGUGGUCUACUCCCAUUCUCUCGCUGGAUUACACCUACAAAUGUCCCCAAACGAUAUACAACUCAGAUGUAUAUCUAUUUCAUGCCGUUGCCCAUCAAUAUGGACAAAGGUUUACUUGAUGAGCUUCCCACUGAAGGGGAGCGAGAAGAGAUUCAAGUACCGACCAGUGAUGGUGGAAUCGAGGUCACCGAGGCGCAAUUUCUUCCAGCUUCCGAAUGGCUGCGUCGAGCUCAGGUUGGAGAUAUCAUUCUCUUUCCGCCCCAAUUCCUCCUUUUACAUCUAGUCUCUGGCUUCCUAGAUCACGAAUCUCGGUCGGGUGCUUCCAUAGAAGUACUGGAGAGACGUCGACAAGCACUUGUUGAGUUUGUUCAUUCAGGGUCACCAGCUUGGACACAUAAAUGCAUCUCGCCCAAAGUACUGAGGAUGACAGAGAAUGGGCGGUCAGUUUUGGCCCUCAACGAUGCCGGGCCCGAAUUGAAAGGAUCUGGUCGGCAAGGCGAGCCAGAUCGGGUAGUGGUUUUGAAAUUUAAGAAGGAAAGUGCAAGAGAGGUGGCUGUUGCAUGGAAAAAGGAUAUAUUGGAAGAUGGUAGAAAAGGGGAGAGUAAUCUCUAA